AUGCCGACGACAAUAGAGAAGUUACUAGGCCAGCGGCUAGGUUUGAAAAAUAUUAUUGACCGUUUUGUCAGUAAAAUAGAAGAAGCGAGCCAUGAAGACGAUGACAUUCAGUUCCAAGCACUUAUCGAGAAAUUAGAAGAAAAAGUGGCAUGUCUGCUAGUCCACAAUGAUAAAAUUCUCUCGCUCACCGACGCCGACGCUGCGCCAGAGGAGAUGGUCGAGGCAGAAGAGUAUACCUUCAACGUAGAGGUCAAACUACGAAGAUACAAGCAGCGUCUACAGCGGCCUAACAUUGGCAUCACAGACGCCGCCGAUUUAUUAUCGCAUGCAUCCGGUUCCGGUAGUCAGCAGGCAUCCGGUCCACUACCACCAAACAACCAACGCAGGGUGAACACCAAUUCGUCAAACAACAGCGGCCAGUCAGCGCCCGAGAUAAAAUGCAAGUCAAACGGACGCUGUCAAAACUGCCACCGGAAGCAUCACACUUCUAUCUGUAAGGAGCUACAAAGAAAACCUGAAGUUGAAUCGCCGCAACCGGAAGCCGCCGUAUUCUUCUCGUCUACAAAGAGGUCGAACGCAGACGUUAUAUUAAAGACCGCCAUUGCCCCUGUUUCGUCGUCUCACACUACAACGGAUGCCGCCAUAUUAGUCGACGAAGGCGCACAGCGAUCCUUUAUCACCAGAAAGCUUGCUGACGAUCUUCAACUAGAGAGUGAUGGAAUAGAAACACUUAGCCUGACGGGAUUCGGAGGAAGUAAUAACAGAAGCUUACAUCAACUAGAACGCACGACAGUGUACAUAGUUUCGAAGAGAAAGAAGAUACCUGUUAGUGUACUCAUUGUCCCCACUAUUGCGGCUCCCAUCAGAUGCGGAUAUCUUAGAUCGACUGCGGAACUUCCGUACCUGCGGGGAUUUAAGUUGGCUCAUUCCGUUACAGGUGACACGUUAUUUGACAUUUCAUUACUCGUUGGGGCUGACCACUAUUGGGAUAUUGUCGAAGAUCAUGUUGUUCGAGGGAACGGGCCGACCGCCGUCAAGUCUAAGAUUGGUUAUAUACUGUCCGGUCCGAUGCCCUCCACGUCUCAUGCGUCAGCUGAUAAGCACAUCUUAAACGUACUUGCAUCGCGCGCCCCAGAACACAACAUAUUAGAACGUUUCUGUAGUCUUGAGAACAUGGGUAUCUCACCUUGUGAACCUGACCGGAAGUCUGUCGAGUACCUACAGCAAUACCAAGCGACAGCUAUUGAGUACGACAAUGGAAGGUACCAUGCCAAACUACCAUGGAAGCAAGACCACCCUGCUCUACCAACAAACCACAAUAUAGCCUUGAAGAGAACUGUUGGGGCUAUUCAGAGGUUGCGCAAUGAACCGGAAGUGCCUCGGGCACAUGGUGACAUCAUAGCAGAGCAGGAAAGACGUGGCUUCAUCGAGCGGGUACCACUUGGUCAAGAGUCAGCUGAACAAGUGCACUACAUCCCUCAUCACCCAGUGGAAAAAGAAUCAUCAACGACACCCAUACGCAUCGUCUACGAUUGUAGCUGCCGUCAGUCACGUGAUUCACCAAGCUUGAUCGACUGCCUGAAAUCAACGCCACUCGCAUUGAACGAGCUUACGUCGAUUCUUACAAUCGUCACAGAAAUCGAGGCUGUACUUAACGAUCGGCCAUUGACGUAUGCAUCAACAGAUCUAAACGACCCCACGCAAAUCACGCCGUAG